GCCCCGCUCCUGGGGCCGGGCCCUGAUUGGAGGGAAACCCCGUGGACGAGCCCCGACACUGCCCGAGAGAAUCAGCUGGGACUCCGCGGUUAGCCUAGCUAGCUCCAACAAGAACCUCCACUGUCCCCGUCUAUUUACUCAGCUCUGAGCAGCCAUGGACAAGAGUGAGCUGGUGCAGAAAGCCAAGCUGGCCGAACAGGCAGAGCGCUAUGAUGAUAUGGCCUCUGCCAUGAAGGCCGUCACAGAGGGCGACGUGGAGUUGUCCAACGAGGAGCGCAACCUGCUCUCUGUGGCCUACAAGAAUGUGGUGGGUGCCCGCCGGUCCUCUUGGAGGGUGAUUUCCAGCAUCGAGCAGAAGACUGACUGCAGUGACAAGAAGCAGCAGAUGGCGAAGGAGUACCGGGAAAAGAUCGAGAAAGAGUUGAAGGAGAUUUGCAAUGAUGUGCUGGUUCUUCUGGACAAGUACCUGAUCCCCAAGGCGACUCCAGCUGAAAGCAAAGUUUUCUACCUGAAAAUGAAAGGAGAUUACUACCGAUACUUAGCCGAAGUAGCUGUGGGAGAGGAGAAAAGCACUAUCAUCUCCAGCUCGCAAGAUGCCUACAAGGAAGCCUUUGAGAUCAGCAAAGCCGAGAUGCAGCCCACACACCCCAUCCGCCUGGGCCUGGCCCUCAACUUCUCCGUCUUCUACUACGAGAUCCUGAAUUCGCCCGAGCAGGCCUGCAAGCUGGCCAAAACGGCUUUCGAUGAGGCUAUUGCAGAACUUGAUACACUGAAUGAAGAAUCAUACAAAGACAGCACAUUGAUCAUGCAGCUACUGCGGGACAACUUGACACUGUGGACUUCAGAUAACCAGGGAGACGGCGAGGAGACCGAAGAGGGCCGGGAAAACUGAGCCCCCUCCCCCCGUCUCCAUCCGUCCUUCCCCUGACGUCCGCCUUGCAUCGUCCCAGCUCAUCCAUCAAAACUGAGAACACCUCAUCGUCCAGCUUCUGUCUCCUUUAGUUCUUUCUCUUCCUUCUUUCCUUUCUUUCCCUUCUUCCUUUCUUUGUCAUUGUGGGUUUUAUUUUUUCUUUCCCAGGGACCUGUUCUAUUGGAAGAUGGGGGUGAGGGUGGAGGGUGGAAGAAGAUGGGGUUCUGUUGGGGGUAAGGGAGGGUGGGAUCAUGGUGGAUUCCAGUGGGAUGGGAUUGAGGCUUGUCUGCUGUUGACCUUGUUUUCUCUUCGGGGAGCUCUAGGUUGUCGGAUUAGUGUGGAAAGUACGCAGGUGAAGGCAAGUACGCAACUCCAAGCCACAAGUUCUGUCAAGUUCAAGUUUUUAAACAUUGGUUGUAUACUCUGUAUGUAUAUUCUGUACUGUCCGUUGGUCAAGGAGUUCGAGCAUUUGCUGUAGUCGUUUUAAGCACAUCUGCGAUUCGUAGUCAACGUUGAAAAAAAAAACAGCCCUUGUCUUCAAGUGGAGGGUGGGGUUUAGCGGUGGUCCGUAGCUAGUAAAGAGACAACAGCUGCUUCACACAUCAGUUCAGUGGCCUGCUAGCGAGCACAUACUGUAACACAGUAGCGCUGGGCGAAGAAAAGGACACAUUCCAGUUACUGUCACUAGUUUUUCUUUUCCCUUUUUUUUUGUAUUGUGGGUGACCUGCAAAAUGUCAUUUUUCGCACUAUUCCGCGUCAUUUACGAGGUAUAGAGGACCCUUAAGAUCAAAGAGCACAUAAGCUUCAUGCUGUUACCACAAGACUGCGCAAGCAGAGCAUCAGCAACUCCCUAUGUGCAUAUUCAGUUACUUGUUUUUGACCAACUCUGUUAUAUUUUAUUUUUUGGUUUAUUUUUUUUUAUACUUACCUAAAUUGCAUGUGGCUAUGAAGUAGUUAUUGGGGAGGGGGGUGUUACUGUUGGGCUGGCUAGCUUUGUUUCAUGUCUUUGGAAUUUUCAUACAAAACACCAAGCAUAAAUGUUAUUUGGAGGGAAAUAUGUAAUUUCAUCUAAGUGGAAUAAAAAAGUAAUAAUUUAA